AUGGCGACAAAAGCUAGAUUUGAGUCACUUGAAUUGACUAUGAACGAGCUCCAGCAAUCUGUGCAGAUGAUGUGCCAGAACAUGGAGGAGAUGCGCUCCAUAUUAUCGGUACCUCGGAAUGAGAAUAAAAAGGAGACCAGGGGAAACCAUAGAAACCCAUUCGCUGCCACCAAGGAAGAUUAUGAAGAAGAUGAGGAUGAGGAAGAUGAAGCAUUUGAUUCUGAUAGCUCGCAGGAUAGCAGUCAGAAGGAUCGACGAUGGAGGAAUCCCAUUCGAAUGGAUUUCCCGAAAUAUAAUGGAUCCGAGGAUCCACGGGUUUGGUUGGAUCGGGCACGACAAUACUUUCGUGCACAAGAGACCCCUACUAAGAAAAAAGUGCAAUGGGCCUCCUAUCAUCUCGACGGCGAAGCAAAUCAGUGGUGGCAAUGGUUCGAUUCUCGUCAUAACCGAAUCACAUGGACCAGAUUUGAAAAGGGGCUGCUGCAAAGAUUUGGCACAUCAGAACUUGAAGAGGCCGACGAGGCUAUUAUAAGACUUAAGCAGACAGGAAAUUUCAGGUCAUACCUUUCUGAAUUUGAGAGGCUUGUCAACUGUGUGCCACAUUGGCGGGACAAAGCAUUGUUAGGUGCAUUCAUGGCAGGACUAAGGGAUGAUUUGGCUAAGGAGAUACGGUUCUUCCGACCACAGUCAUUAGAACAUGCUAUCGAACUAGCAAGACACGCGGACGAUCAAGCAAAAAACAAACGCACAGUUAGUUUCCAUAAGAUUCAGCCAAAAGCAACGACAACGCCAUCUACAUCAGGCUCGAUGAGUCGUCCUCUGACCUCGACCAAGCCACCUCAAGCAAGGCGAUUGACAUGGGCAGAGAUGCAAGCAAAAAGGGAAAAAAAUGAAUGCUUCAAUUGCGACGAGCCUUUCUCAAGAGGACAUACUUGCAAAUUCAACCAAGCUUUACUAAUAGAGAUCGAGGAUGAAGAGGAAGAAGAUACACCACCCAUAUACGAUGAAGAACUUGGUGCGGGGACACCAGCCAUCUCGUUAAAUGCAUUAAUGGGAGAAAGCAGGGGUAAAUCAAUGAGGAUGACAGGAAAUCUAAACGGUGAAAUUCUACAACUCUUGAUUGAUAGUGGUUCAAGUCUGAACUUUAUUCACCCGCGGCGAGCAGAAGAACUACAGCUGCCAGUCACUCACAUCCCACAAGUAUUUGUGCGGGUCGCCAAUGGUGAAAGAAUGCCAUGUUCUCUCCGUUUCGAAGCAGUACCUAUAACCAUUCAAGGUAUCACCUUUCAAACAGAUUUGUAUGGUUUAAGCAUAUGCAAUCUCGAUGUAGUUCUAGGAUUGCCAUGGCUCGAGAACCUCGGUCCCGUCCUAACAGACUACAAAGCUAUGACAAUGGAGUUCGAAUGGAGAGGAAGCAAACAAAAGUUGCAAGGAAAUGCACCACCAGCUACCAUGUCAGUCGCAAAGUGGGCAGAUCUAGCAGAAGGGACGAAUUACGGAACAACGGUCUUUGUCUUGAUGAAAUCAACGACAACAGAAGCUACAUCUAAGGAAACUCCACCCGAGGUACAAAAUUUGAUAGAAAGAUUUGCAGAUAUAAUGAAAGAACCAAAGGGACUCCCUCCCUCAAGGGCAAGCGACCAUAAGAUUGCAUUGAAGGACGAGAGGACAGUGAUUAACGUUGCCCCAUAUAGGUAUGCCCGCUAUCAAAAGGAUGAAAUAGAGAGGCAAGUUAAGGAUAUGUUGGAAACAGGGUUAAUUCGACCCAGUCUCAGUCCCUUCUCAUCACCCGCACUCUUAGUCAAGAAAAAAGAUGGCUCAUGGCGAUUCUGCGUCGAUCACCGAGCCCUCAAUGAUGCCACAGUGAAGGAUAGAUUUCCUAUACCCACCAUAGAUGAUAUGCUCGACGAGUUGCACGGGGCUAAGUACUUCAGCAAAAUGGAUCUCCGGGCCGGAUUUCACCAAAUAAGAAUGGACGCAACUGAUGUCUCGAAAACAGCAUUUCGUGUACACAAUGGGCAUUAUGAGUACAUGGUGAUGCCCUUCGGAUUAUGCAAUGCUCCAUCGACAUUUCAAGCCGCCAUGAACAAUUUAUUUCGUAAGUAUUUACGGAAAUUUGUCCUCGUAUUUUUUGACGACAUUCUCGUCUAUAGCAAAGAUUGGAAGGACCAUCUACAACAUCUGGAAAUUGUGUUUUGCAUCCUUCGAGAACAUCAAUUCCAUUUGAAAUAUAGCAAAUGUGUUUUCGGCCAAACAGAACUUGAGUACUUAGGCCACUACAUAUCGGAGCAGGGAGUUCGUGUUGAUAAUCGUAAAAUUGAGACCAUGUUAACUUGGCCAGUACCUCGGAAUAUUACCCAUCUUCGCGGCUUCUUGGGGCUAACAGGAUAUUACCGAAGAUUUGUUCGGAACUAUGGAAAAAUUGCAAGCCCGCUCACCAAGCUUCUCAGAAAAGGGUCGUUCGUGUGGGGCCUUGAGGCGGAAGAAGCCUUUAAAAAAUUGAAAGAAGCCAUGACUACAACUCCAGUUUUAGCACUACCAAAUUUCGACGAAGAGUUCAUUGUUGAGACUGAUGCUUGCGGUUACGGUAUCGGGGCAGUUUUAAUGCAGGGAAAGAGGCCUAUCGCAUACUUGAGCAAAGGACUAAGCGAGAAGCAGAGAAUGCGAUCAACAUAUGAGAAAGAGAUGUUAGCAAUCUUGGAAGCUGUUCGAGUAUGGCGCCCCUAUCUUUUGGGACGACAUUUCAAGAUAAUCACUGACCAACGAAGUCUACGUUACCUUUUAGAGCCCACGAUCACCGGAAAAGGGGUAGUUUAUGGUGGUCGUUGA